AUGCCUGAAAAUUGGAAUGAGCCCAACGUACACAAAGUGGAGCUGGUUGAUAACGCUGAUGGCUGGCAUGGAGUGGAUGUGUCAGUGACCAUCGAAGGUGACUGGAACAAGUGCCGUGCGAAGGUGCUGAACUACUUGAGACAGAUAGCCGUGAUCACGCCAUAUGCCAAGUUUACAUUUACAUACUUGAGCCUGGCAGGCAAGGGCAAUGUGUCCAAGGUAUACCGCCGACGCACAGACGUCAUGCCCAGACUUCCAAAGGAAAUGAAGUACCACCCAUCUUCCGUGGACUUGGAGCUGAUAAAGAACCUGAUAGCCCACACCAAGCAGACAACUGUGGAGGCCUUCCUGCACAAGGAUUUUGACUGCAUCGACAAAGAAUAUGCACGUCGUCUAAUUGAAGAAAUGCGGGGUGGUGUGGACCCAGACACAAGCCCGCAGGAACUGACGAACAAGCACAUUAUUCGAAUACACCAAAUUUUGCAUCAAGCACGGUUUCCAGAUCCCACCGGUGCACAUUUGAGUCCAGCCGGGGAGUACAACAUAAGGUUGGGUGUCAUGAAAGAGAUACAGCCAGAUUUGGUGGCAACAUACCAGGGUGAUGUGCGUGUGUUUGAGGGACACGCUUUCAUCGUUGAGGCGGCUGUGAGCUGUGGAGGCAACAUUAACCCAGGCAUAAACAUUCAUCGAUAUGCAAAUCGUAUUCCGCUGUUGUUCGAGGCAGGUGCAGAUGUCAUAACUAGGACAGCACUGAAGCGGAUCAACUGGAAAUCGUACAAAAUUAACCAAACCGGUGACAAGGUCGGGGUCUUUGUCAGCAUUGUGAGUACCAAGAUUCCUUUCAAAGGGGUGGGCAAGGAGCACAUAGGCGAUGACAUCGAAGAAAUGGUGCAUGCAGUGAAGCAGGCACUUCAGCAUUGCUGCAUACAGUUAAAGGGUAAGAUCACAAGAGCGAUUGCGAUCAGCGAGCAGAGUCACAGAAAACGCAACCUGGCCAAGUACAUACCCGAUGCCAUCAACAGCAUAUAUUCUGUGCUGGAGUCGAUGGCGGAUCACAAGCCGUAUGGUCCCAAGCGGCAGAGGCUCGAGGAAAAGCACAACCUCCCCCAAGAGAUUAAGAACAGGGCUGUCACAAAGGAGGCGAUGUUGAAGAAGCUCACAGAACAUGUGGAACGCAUCGAUACUGAUAUGGCGCUGGAGUACCAGAUGCAGGUUGGACUCACCCAGGGAGGGCGGGAAAAGCUGCAUCUGACACCGCUGGGAGCGCAGCAUGAGCAUCAGCAGGCCAUACACGCCCCCCUUUGCGUCAUUAAACUGUUGCAAUAA